AUACGAUGUCUUGUAUUAUAAAUACAGGUUUUAGGGCUAGAGUCUUCAUCAUGUCAUGUCUAUCAGAGAACAAAGUAGGGAAUUUGAAGGAUCGGAGAGGAUGAUGAGGAGAGUGAUUCUGAGAAGACAGCCCCCGCGACGAUGCCCGACCAACAACACGGUGACGAUCGUGAGGAAUGUGCAACAUGGGGAGUGUCAGAGGAAUCACGCGAUCAAUGUCGGAGGAUUUGCUGUGGAUGGUUGCAUGGAGUUCUUUCCGAGUGGAGUAGAAGGAACUGCUGGGGCUAUGAUUUGUGGUGCAUGUGGUUGCCACAAGAAUUUCCAUCGGAGGGAGAUACAUAUAAAUGUUACUUGUCACUGCAAUUCUAACAGUGGAUAGCAUGUUUUUUCCGUUAGACCAAUUACAUAUGUAAACCCCUCUGUGAUGUCUGUUUUCUGUGUCGACUUCUUUUCGCUUUUAGUUCUUGUGUUUUUCGAUUUUAGCUUAUUCAUGUUAUGCUUUCGUCACUAAUGUCUGUCAAGGCAAAGUUAAUAAGAUGUUUUUGUUUAU